GAAGAGAUGGCUAUUGAAAACGAAAUAGUGAUAAGAGAUUUGGUUGACGAAGAAGAAGUUGAAGACAUUGAAGGUUUGAAAGAUGAAAAUUUUGAAUUUGAAGAGUGUAAUGAAAACACAAAUGAGGAAGAAGAAAGUCGGAUUGCUUGUGAAAGGAGAAAAUACGUAUUUCGUCAUAAAAUCAGUCUAGGAAUGAGAAUAUGUCCAUUCAAUUAUAAGCAUGUAGUUAAGUACGAGGAAUUUAGAAACCAUCUAAUCUCAUGCAUGAAUAAGAAUGAUGGACCAUUGUGUCAGUACAGUGAUGAAUAUAUAAUUCCUGAAUUUCAUUAAAAAAAAACACAUGAAGAGGAAAAAUGCAGGAAAUUGGGAAAUCGGAAGCAACACUAG